CCUAUGUGACUAAGCAGAUAUACUAUAAAAGGAAUAGUCAUGUAAGAGGCUAUGCAUUAAGUGAGCCACCCAAGACUCUGGCGACAAAUUCAAUUCCAAACAUUGAACAAAUCAAUUCCGAACUUGGAACUUGUAACAUCAUCCAUCCUACACUCAAGCUCUUAAUGCUCUACACCAACCUACAACAACACCAAAAUGAUUCGUAAGAAUGACUCCAGGCCGCGAUGACAUUGACGGCUCCCCCAAGGAUAUAUAUAGGGGUGCUCUUCCCGUCAUACCCCCUGAUGGGAACUUAGACAACCCGGCGCGCAAUAAUGCCGCCACUGCCGCAUCAGCUGCCGGCGUUCGGGCUUUGAGCGCACAAGCAAUAGCUUUUUACUUUCGAGCACCUGUCAAAGCCUUCUUCCGGACCCGUGUAGAUUAUCUCGCAUAUGCCCGGAGUGUGCAUCAGGCCCAGACGGCAAUGCUCAUGCGCGCUGCCGUCCAGAAUCAAUCAGCCACCAGGCUAGGCCUUACCUUCAAGCAUGCAUGGAUGUGGGCAAGGGGCACUACUCCGGGGUUGCUCGCCUCCGUUAUUCAACAACAUGGAUGGAGCGUAAUACCGCAGCAGAUUCUUCCACCGCUUUUAGCAAACGUCGGAGUCGGUGCGGUUCUGUACACCAGCUACCUGCACAUUCUAGCCCAGCUGCAUGAAGAAACCGGAAGAGCACACAAGCGGGUGUUUCCUCCGCCGGAUCCGAUCCACACUUUUGCUGCCGGCUUCAUUGCUGGAAGUAUACAGAGUGUUAUGGCUGCACCACUCGAUGCAAUUCAGGCGCGGUACGACCAUCGAGACCUUAUUUCUGGGAAUGGAGGUGGGAAACCAAGAAGCAUGUGGUCUUUCUCGGCAGAGAAGCUUAGAGAGAUUGGCCUACGAGGUGUUUUUGCAGGAUGGGGAUUGUCGUUUCUAAAAGACAGUUUUGGAUGCGCCAUUUUCUUUAGUACUUUCGAGUACGUUAAAGCACAGAGCUAUUAUCAGUUCAUCAUGUGGUAUUACGGUGGGCUAAAGCCUGACGUCGUCGACGAACUGGCUCAAAAACGACCAUCCACCCAGUUGAACUCGACGAGUGAUGCUAAAAAGGACACCAGCCGUCCCGUGGUUAUACGACCGCAUUACGCGAUCGAGCCAAUGUUCCUGCUUUUCGCCGGCAUCACCGCUUCAUUCACUCAACAGGUUAUCCUUCACCCCUUGACCCACAUCCAGGUUGAGCAUUGGGACCACCUCGAGGACCUGGAUGCCAAAGCAGCUAAAAUGAGAAGCGCCAUUGCCGCGAAUCCCGAUAAGCCACGACAUAAAUGGCGCAUGCUUCGAGCUUAUUAUCACGCCUAUCAAGAAACCUGGUCACAAUGCGUCGCAGAGGCUACUUCAGAAGGAAGAGGCAUAACGCGAUGGUUAUAUAGAGGGUUUUGGUGGAAUACAAUUCGCCAAGUCCCGAGCACCAGUGCCGGCUUAAUUAUCUUCGAGCUGGUUCGGCGUAAAUACGGAACUGGGACCGAGCCGGUGCGCGUGAAAAAGGACGACUACGAGAUUCUUCUAGAUUAAAUAUGGUGAUAGGUUCCCGGCUUUUUUAGGCGUUAAGGUUUAGCAACAAGAUUUCCCCACUCACGCGAGAGAUAUCCUUUCCAGCAUCAGCAACAAUAUAUCAUUCAUUUGUAUCUUUAGACCAUUCCGAAUUCCUAGGUACCUAAUGCCUUUGGGAGCUUAACAAAGAUCUUUUUUCGUGAAGAGAACAGAGGCUACUUCUUACUAUCUA